CACUUUUUAUUCUCAACAUAUUAUUUGCGGCUUCAUAUAAACAAUUUUGCCGAUUAAAAUGGAAACAAUAUUAAAUACGCAGUUUGACCAGCUGCAAAAGGCCAUCGAGGGAAUAAUGGAGGCGAAGAGCAAGGGGCAGUCAUCUGACGAAGGACGCAAGGCGGCCACCUUAAUGUUUGUGGCUCUGAAGCACGCAAAUCGCGAGGUCAAGCACAAUAUCAAGGCUGGACGGGAUAAACUGCACCUGGAGAAGUGCAAGGUCGACCUGAGCCGCCUCCAGCUGCAGAAUCUUCUGUACGAAGUGAGCCACUUGAAGAAGGAGAUCGUGCGCUGCCAGAAGUUUAAGAGUCGGGACACCAGUCUGGAGCUUCUCUCGGAGGCUGAGUACGCCGACAAGUUGCCAAACAUGGCCAACGAGAAGGAGGACUUGUCCAGCCACAAGCAGCACCUGCACCGCCUGGAUUGCGAGCUGCGACUGCGGAAGGAUCUCGACAAGCAGUACAGCGCCCUGCUCACCUCCAAGCAGGAACUGCUGCAGGACAACCUCAGCCACGCCCAGAGGUACAUCUCCUUCGCACCUGCCCUGCGCACCCUGCUCGGCGCCACGAAGCCGCUGCACGAUGCCCUCCAGCUGUCCCUCGACGUGGAGUGGAAGCUGAGCGCCGUGGUCAAGUAUCUGCCGAAGCCCCUCUACAUUUUGUUCAUCAACCUGCAAUCCCUGCAACGGGCGAGCGAGGACCAAUCCUUCACCGCCGAGGUGGUGGGUUAUGAAAGCGAGGCUCAAAUGCAGGAGUUGCUCAAGGAGAAGCAGUAUGCCACAUUGCACCACGAGCAGAAUGAAAAGGAAACUACAUCGCGGGAAAAGCCUUUGGAGAACAGCUUGGAGGACGCACUGGCUCCUCACCCAUUGCACAUUCGCAUGACGAUUGGAGCAGCUGGAUCGAAUCAGCUUAUUUUGCAAAUUCGCUAUUUCCAGUUAAUUAAGUGCGUCACUGUCUGGGGGCAACUAAACCCCUCCAGCAAUGGCAACACCCUGGGUGAUACCAACUUUGUUCACUACCUCCUGCGACAUUUGUACACCAAUGACUUAGGUAAUGAAAUACCCAUUCCUGGAAUUGAGUACGAGCUUCGAAAUUCUGAUCUAACAGCUGACGAAUGCAUCCGCUAUCUGAAGGCCAAAGACUUUGGAAAACCUUUCUGUUGGCUGCAAAGCAUGUGCUCCAUUCCAACCGUCAACAGUUCCAUGCUGUACAAUCACGAACUGAACUUGAACAAGAACACCCGGGAGAUUAUUGAUCGUCUUGCCAAACGCUGGAACUCGUGGCUACGAUUGGGCCAGCAGAUUCGCGGGCUGACGUACAAGGACAUUGAUUUGUACACUCUCAAGGAAAACAUCUAUCCUGCCGGCCUUUCGUGCAGCCUUGUCCAAUGGACUGCCAUUACACACGAAGAGUUUCAUUCGCAAAUUUCAGACGUGUUUAAUGUUUCAUCAGACGACAAGGGUGUUACAUAUAACUCGUAUCGCGCUGUUAUCGUCAGGGGCUCCGCCAAAAUGGAGUGUUUUAUCAGAAUUCCAAGUAGUUAUCCUCUGGAAAUGCCUCUUUGGAUUUUAAAUGUACACUGGAACGGCUGUCAUACCUCACAAAACAAUUCGGCCAUUAAGAUGAUGGAGUUCUGGACCAACUCGCUGCAGCCCAAACAGUUGGAGGCCAACGAACGCCUACUGUAUGCUCAACUUUUCCGCACCAUCUAUAGCUUCGAUAUAUUCCUCGAAACGGAGGGCUCCAUGCAAAGCACCGUCGAGUACAACAAGGAAAAGCCUUACAUAAGCGCCUUUGCCAAGCGGAGCCGUUCGCGGCCGUACAAAUACAUCAAAAAGGGAUCCGUGUACGCGUUCAAGCAGUGACGGUUUGAAAUCGAAUAUUGUACAAAGCUUCAAUGCAGUUACUAAACAUUUUCACAAUUUCUCUUUAUUACGUUUAGUAAU